UGAGCAUGACAAGGUUGAGAAACCAGCCUAACCCAGGAGACACCUUAAAGUAGGCCCCACCUCUUGACCUGCGCCCCUACCAUUUCCAGGGCAAAUUGUCCCGGAAGCCAUCAUGUCCUGAGACUACCGAGCCUGUCUGAGGUAGGACAGUCCUGCCUCCCCACCUCCUGGGAAGGACCAUCCCCAUCUCUUCCCAUUGAGGAGGCCCCUCGUCACCCCUGUGAACCCCAAAGGUUCACCAGCGACAGUGCCUUUGGGAAGACCCCCCUCUCUGUGCCAUUGGACAGAGAGGAAAGGCUCAGUCUCAGCUGCACAGGGUCCCCCACUUUCCAUCCUCUGAGAUCUGAGCUCUCCUUGUCCACUGUCAGACCUCUGUGUGAGUCUCACAGUAGAGCUGAAUUUCAGAAGAAGAAAGAGGAAAAAGUGAAGUCCUCAGAGAUUGGUUAACAGGGAACCCACAGGAGAGAGGACUCAGCCUUGGGUGGGACCCACAACCAAGAUGGGACCUUUGAAGGCAUCUGAAGUCAUAGAAGAGUUGGGUGCCCACAGGGUCAGAGCUCCCGUGGGUGCCUGCAGCUACAUGUUGGGGGUCAGAACACCUCUGCGGUCACCGCCAAGGCCCGAGAGGAUGAAAGAUGUGGCCUUCAGCCCAGGACUGUCAUUCUUGACUACAAGGAAGUGACAUAUGGCAGAGGGUGGGGACACCACCAAGGAGGAAACGUCCCAGCGGCUCUGCUGUGCGGAGACGUGUGGCCGUCAGAGGAGCAGCCAUGUGCUCUGAGAAGAGGCAGCAGCCUCUCUGAGGCCACGGGCCUGUCCUGUCAUUGGGAUUGAGAGCUGAAGCCCAGGGCACCGAGAUCGGGGGUCUGCAGCAGCCUGUGCAGCUCCUGACCGUAAGCUUCCUGCGCCCUGACCAUCCAGCAUCGGACUCAAAACUAGGCUGGACACGGUAGCAGAGAGGCCCAGAAAAGCAGAAGUGGGCACAGGGGAAUCGAACCCUCAUUGAGGUGGCUUGUCCGUGUCCACCCAUAGGACCUGGCGCUGCUGCAGGCUGUGUCUGUGCGGAGACAUGACCCCGAGGAGUGGGGUCACGUGGCUGCCUUCAGCUCUGCUCCUUCUCCAGGUCCCAGGCUGUUUGUCUCUGAGCGGCCCUGGGCACGUGAUGGGCACCGUGGGGGGAUCGCUGAGCGUGCAGUGUCGGUACGAGAAGGAGUUCAAGGAAAAUAACAAAUACUGGUGCAAAAGCCCAUGUUUGCCAUCACUGAACAGGAAGAUUGUGGGGACCACAGAGUCAGAGAGAGAAGUGAGGCGCGGCCGUGUGUCCAUCAGGGACCAUCCAGCAAACCUCACCUUCACAGUGACCUUGGAGGACCUCACAGAAGGCGAUGAAGGCACAUACUGGUGUGGGAUUGAAAGACCAUGGCCAGAAGGACUGAUACACCUCACCUUCCCGGUUGAGGUGUCUGUGUCCCCAGCCCCCACCCUGAAGAUCGUCACAAGCACCCUGGGCCCUCCAAGCACGCUGGGCCCUCCCUCCUCCCUGCCAGUGACCACUGAGCCCAGUAUGACCAUCCAGGAGACGCCUGAUGCCAGCCAACACCCUCGGUCCCUGCUCAGCAGUGUCCACUUCCUGCUCCUCAUAUUCCUGAAGGUGCCCCUGCUCCUGAGCAUGCUCAGUGCUGUCCUCUGGGUGAACAGGCCUCAGCGGGCAGCUUGUGAGGAAACACAGUUUGGCUAAGACAACCUGCCACCGUCCCCGCCCACCCAUGUCCUGUCCAGAGACACAGCCACUCAGGCUACAGAAGACAGAACCUCCACCUGAGCCUUACAUCCCCUUUCAGCUUAUCACCAGAGUCUUAAAAGAACAUUUUAAUGCCUAUAUCACCUUCACAAAUGUGUGUAUAUGAACAGUUGAAGAACUAAAAAUGAACAUCUGUGUACCCGCCAUUCAGCCUAAGAAACCAAACAUCAGGGAGACAUUUAAAGCCCCACCUACUUCUCCCUGACUUCACGUCCUGCCAGCGUCAACCACUCUCUCCAUUAGUUUGUGCCAAUCAUUUCUAUUACCCAACCUCACAGCUAAGAACAAAGACCACGCUUGUGGCAGUUCUUAAGGCCACCAACAGAUGGCGCCAGAGGCAAUCUGCAGAGCUUCACUAUGGACCUCUUCAUGGACUCAGAAAUAAUUCUUCUCCAACAGGAUUGCUUCUCAGUUGCUGGGUCCCUCCCGGCCAAUCCCCAAAUCCAGACCCCUUGUAUCCUGCUGGCCUUUCCCCCAGGCUGGGUCCACUCCCCGGCCAUCCUGCUCAUCAGCCUGGGCUAUCUGAGUAGGGACCCCCUUGUCUCCAUGGGGGCCAACCAGAUGUGGACUCAGGCAUUCAGGGGGCCAGGGGCUCAAGGUACAACCAGGGGUCUGGAGCCCAGUGGGCAGCUCAGACUGGAGUAGACUGAACUUAGGGUGGGGAUGGAACCAGGUGUGAGAGACGAAGACACACCUGAUUCCUGUCCAAGGCUUCAGAUUUCUUGAGAAGCAACACCAUGUGGAUCUGCUGAUUUCUCACUCCCUGGGAGAGCCAGAGAGACCCAGGGCCUCAGUGAACACGUUCAGCGAGCUUGGAACAUCAGGUGCUGACAGCUGUCACCACUUCCUAUUCCCGAGGAACAAGGGAA